AUGGCCGAGACCACGAGCCCUCUGGAACGGCUGGAGGGAGCCCUCCCCGCAAUCCACGAAAUCCACAACAUCUGCGCAGCCCCGUCCCAGGCCUUCGGCAUCAUUCAUGAAGGAAAAAUAAUUUUCAAACACAGCAUCGGCCACCGCGACCCCACGGUAUCACAACCUUUACCUCCCGAUGGAGAAACAAUUUACAUGCUGGGCUCCGUCUCGAAAAUGUUCACCUCUGCCGCGGUCGGUAUUCUGGUCUCAGAGGGAAAACUCAAUUGGACAGAUCCUGUGUCGAGAUAUAUCUCUGAGUUUAAUCCCAAGGGAGAUGAGCGAAUUGGGAAAGAGGCGGAUAUCAUCGAUUGUCUGCGGCAUAGUACCGGUCUUACGGCGCCGAAUAUGCUUUGCAUUGGACCGAAGGGGACGAUUCUCGCUGACGAGGAGGAUGUUAUUCGCCUACUAAAUGAGAUGCCUACUGUUGAUUCUGAGGGAAAGCAAAGGUUCAACAAGGAAUGGGGGUAUAACAACCUCACAGUCGGACUUGUUGCGCUGGUCGUGCAGAGGGUCAGCGGGCAGCGAUUUGCUGAUUUCGUCCGCGAGAGGAUUCUCAUCCCGCUAGGAAUGACCAGGACGGUUGUAAGCCGGUCCGAAAUUAUAAAUGAGGAUAAUAUCGCGCCUCCAACUUUCAAGACAACUGGCGGACACUUCGCGCGUAUACGUGACGAGUCCUGGCCAUGUGAAGAUCACGCACCGCUUCUCGCCGCAACGGGGAUGAGAAGCACUCUCGAUGACAUGUUAACAUUCUGUCUCGCAGUUCUCGACGCCGAGCGAGCAGAAAAAGACCCAGUCUAUACACCGCAAAUUUCCAACAACCCACUCAAACAAAUGACGCGGGUCCGACGAGGGUACUGGACUCGGCCGGCAGACGACCCGGAAAUCACCAAAGACGCCGCCUACGGGAUGGGAUGGUUCCGCACUGAGAUUCCGGGAUCGAUGCUCAGUGCAUUUAGUGGGAAUGGGUUCACGCGUGAAAAACAGUACCGGUUGCACUUGCACAAUAUUUUGGGAAACUCGGAGGAACAUCGAGCAAAGCCGAUUCCUGUGGUCGCGCAUACGGGUGGCAUGAGAGGCUCCCUGUUCAGUGUCUUUACAUUCCCUGAGACGCAGAGUGCGGUUGUGACCAUGACGAAUGGGCGAGACCUCGGUGAUGCAAGUGACUGGACAGCCCAGCUGCUCAUCCAGGCUUUGUUUGAUUUGAAACCACAGCUGGAUCUGGCAGAGUAUGCGAAGAAGGAAGCAGAGCUUGCGGCUGCAGGCCGAGAAGAUAAUAUUGAGAAGCCUUGGAGGGAAAAUAGACGUCCCAGCGAUCCCGUGCGAGAUCUCGUAACGUAUGUUGGUGAGUAUCGUGGACUCAAUGAUCGAUUUACAGUGACUGUCGUUGCGCGUACGGAAUUUGGGGACAGCAUAAGCGGACUCUCUGUGGUGUUUAACAACCAAGAGGUAACUAAGCUUCCACUGCUCUUCUAUGCCAAAGACGUGUACAGCAUGGACCCACAAGGGGAGGACAAUUGGAAGCUGCAGCAGUUCGGCGCGAAUGACUACAAGCAGCUCUUGUUGGAGUUUACAGUAGAUGAUACGGGGGUCUGUACAGGUCUACACUGGGUGUGGGAUAAGGAUACAGUGUCCGCCUGGUUUCAGAAAGUAGAUUAGAGUUUAUAGAAUGGAGACUCAAUACAGCUGUGGUAACUACUAAACCCCUUGAAUCGCAAGGGGAUGGUUAUGGAGAUAUUCAGCUGCCUGGC